CUCUCGAACCAAGUACACCACCAGUCAACGAGUUUGUACUUUGUGUUUUUACAGACAUAAAAGUGAGAGUGUUGAACCAAGUGUGACUCUUCCAAAUCCUAUCAUACUCCGGAACAACGACAAAACCAUACACUUGUUAGGCACAGCUCAUAUUUCAGAAACAAGUGCUUGCGAAGUACGCAAACUGAUAAGAAGAGUACAACCACAGCAGGUAGUUGUAGAACUGGAUGCUGACAGAGCUAGGAGGCUGAGAGAGUCUCCCUCAGAAGAAAGCAAUCUUCGCGACUUUUUCCAAAUGUUUCUGCAAAAGGAAGUGCCAGUUUCUGCCAGACUUUUCGAAAUUUCCAUUCGCACGACGUAUUCUUUGUUGCGAAAAGCAGGUUUCGUUCCAGGACUCGAGUUUCUAGCUGCAGUUGAUGAAGCUCAAAGAAUUCGAGCUCAAGUAGUAUAUGGAGAUAGACACUUCAAAGAUACCAUAAAAAGAGUCGGAAGGGAGUUGGAAGGAAAACGACUCUCCUUAUUAAGACAACUUUUCCACCUUGAAGCUCCAGAAGUAGAGCAUAUUUUUAAGGAUACUGGUGGUUUGCAAGGUUCAGUUGAGAAACUUUUGGACAGAAGGAAUGUACAGUUAUUAGUGCAGUUCAUGAGAAAGGCAGUCCCACCACUAGCUCAGGUAUUAUUAGAUGAAAGGGACUUGUAUCUUUCAAGGGCACUCAAGUCACAACCUGGUCCUCAAGUAGUUGGCGUAGUUGGUAUGGCUCAUCUAGAAGGCAUUGAGAGGAACUGGCACCUGGACUUGGAAGCUAUCCAGAAAGCGAUCGAUGAAAUAGAAAAGUAAUCCAUAUUUGUUGUUAUCGACUGUACAAUAUCCAUAACACUAGGAGAGCUACAAUUGA